AGUCAGCGUCCGUAGUACAUAGCAAGAGCCACGAUAUCCCGGGGGACAAGAGAAACCUUGCCUCCAUAGCAGCAGCAGCAGCAGCAGCAGCAAUCAUAGAACCAUCACCUUCCUAACACCCGCGAUUGCCUGAUCGUUGUAGAAUAAGCUCCCCAUAAUGACGCCAUGCACACCCAUUCUUAAUUUCAUGCAAGCCACUCAACCAUCCCAUCCCCUGUACCGGCUCGGAUGAUUCCCACGUAGUACAUACACAAGCAUGCAGUCAGUGGGGUUUUCGGCUCUUAUUGCAACAUCGCGUAUGUAUAUAUCUGCGCAGCGCAAUGUCUGAUGCUGGUUUUCACUCGGCCCGCUAUGCUAUGACUAUAACUGCUGUCCCCGCCACUGAUGGAUCCCUCCCGCGACCACCCGGAAUCAGUUUCUACCUUUGCCAUUCCAUUCCAUUUAUUCAUCAUCCCCACCGCCAAUGUAAUCUGUCAAUAUUGCUAUUCAUUGGCAUGGGGUUUUGUGAUCCCGGGGAUGCAAUGCAUGAAAAGACUCUGGACGAUGAUGAUGAUGAUGAUGAUGAUGAUGAUGUUGAUGAUGAUGAUGGUCGAGGGAUAAGGUCGCGGUGAAUGAAUAUACUAGUUGAAUAUAUCAGAGUUGAAAUGCUAUAUGAUCUGUAUGCUCACCAUGGGCAGUUGGAUUCUGCAAGAACCCCCAAAAGUGCCAUGUCCAUCGGAGAUUCUAUCGGGUAUUAGGUUAUGUUGGAACCUGGCGGGUAAGGUUGUGGGAGAAGUCGACUUUGAUAAAAUAAACAACAGGCCUAUAUAAUCAUUUUCUGGAUUAUUCUAUCAUUUGAUAGUAGUUCGCUGUCUUUUUUAGAUAUAAUAACCAUGAAGUUAUCUUAAAUAACUGAUCCGGACAGUUUGGCUCAGCAAGGAGAGUAUAAAU